UAGGCCCAUUUAGUUGGUGCCGGGCCUGUGCCAGGCCGGCCCGGCCCGAUAGCCACCAAUAGUACCGACGGUCUUCCCGCGGCAGAGCACACAAGAUGGCGGCGGUUCUUCUCCGUGCCGCUCGUGUCUCGCGGCUCCUCGCACUCCCCCGCUCCGUCGUCGCAAGCCCUAGCGCACUAUCCUCCUCCUCCUACAGCGCCUCCACAGUUGAGACGCCGUUCCCCGCCGCCGCUACCCCGACCCUCGCGGCUGACGUUGACGACCAGCGAGGAGCCGUCGUGGCCGUAGGCGAGGACGACGACCUGAGGAGCCUCAUCUUCCGGCUGCGGCUGGCGAAGCGGAGCGCGACGGAGGCGCUCGAUAGGUGGGCGGGCGAGGGCCGCGCCGCCCCCGCGCCGGAGCUCCGCCGCGUCGCCCGCGACCUCAGCCGCGCCCGCCGCUACAAGCACGCGCUCGAGGUAGCAGAGUGGAUGAAGACACACCAUGAGUCUGAUUUAUCUGAGAACGACUAUGGAGUGCGCAUUGACUUGAUUACAAAAGUUUUUGGCGCUAAUGCAGCCGAAGAUUUUUUUGAGAAGCUUCCUUCUGAAGCCAAAUCACUGGAAGCAUAUACUGCACUCCUCCAUUCCUAUGCUCGAUCAAAGAUGACAGACAAAGCUGAGAGGCUGUUUGAGAGAAUGAAGGAUGCCGAUCUAUCUAUUGAUGUCCUGGUUUACAAUGAAAUGAUGACCUUGUAUAUUUCUGUUGGCGAGCUUGAUAAAGUUCCAGCUGUUGCUGAAGAACUGAAGAGGCAAAAUGUUUCUCCAGAUCUAUUCACAUACAACCUCCGGAUCAGCGCAUCUGCUGCAUCCAUGGAUCUUGAGAUCUUCAAAGGAAUUCUUGAUGAGAUGUCGAAAGAUCCAAACUCCAAUGAAGGAUGGACACUGUACCGAAACCUUGCCACUAUUUAUGUCAACGCCAGUCAGCUUGUUAGCUCUGGAAAUUCACUGGUUGAAGCUGAAGCGAAGAUUAGCCAGAGGGAGUGGAUAACCUAUGAUUUCCUCAUCCUUUUACAUACCGGUCUUGGUAACCUUGAAAGGGUAAAGGACAUAUGGAAAUCGAUGCAGAUGACCUCCCAGAGGAUGACUAGUCGAAAUUACAUCUGUGUGCUCUCCUCCUAUCUUAUGUGUGGGCAGCUGAAGGAUGCCAAGGAGAUCGUCGACCAGUGGCAGCGAUCAAAAGCUCCAGAGUUUGACAUCUCGGCAUGCAACAGGCUGUUCGAUGCUCUUCUGGGCGCUGGUUUCACCGACACCGCGGAUAGCUUUAGAGAACUGAUGUUGCAAAAGAGUUGUAUACUGACAAGCAUGGCAGGGCAGUGCUCCUAAAUGGCAUUGUGCGCCAUAUGAAAACAGCUGCCUGCUUCUAUGUUGCUGUAUGAUGAGCCAAUAAUAAUAGUCAGGAAAACGUUUACGCUUUGUUUUGGCAAUUAUAUCUGACUAUAUUUCCAGAUA